UAUUUGUCGAAUCAAUGUGUGUUGCCGUGCCCCCGCGGAUAUUCUCAUGGUGAAGAAAUUUCAUCCGAUCUUGUUGCUCCGUAUGAAUUGCUCCAUAUUGGUCAAAUAGAUGCAUAUAAAGUUGGAAGUAAUUGUUGGGCUAAAUAUGAAAAUGAUGAGGUAUGGUACAUGGCAAAGCUUGUUGGUAUUGAAGCAGGUGGCCAUGGCUUUAGAGUGAUUUAUAAAGGAUAUGAGAAUGAACAUCCUCAUGGGGUAGUUGUAGGUCCCGAUGAGAUAAUACCAGUACGAGGACUUUAUGACAUGGAAGAAGACAAUGAAGACGAUGAGGAUGGCAAUUCUAGUCAAAGUGAUUACUCCAAUUAUGAAAGUGAUAGUCUUAGUGAUGAUAUUGACCCACCGUCCAAAGAACCCAGGGAGUUUGAAAACAUUCAUAUAUUUAAUUCAUCUAAUGAUGAGCCCUGUCGUUUUGCGGAAUGGGAAAAACAUACUAAAGGUAUUGCUUCCAAACUUAUGGCUAAAAUGGGUUACAAAAUGGGUGAAGGAUUGGGUAAGAAUAGUAAUGGCAUAAUAAAUCCGAUUGAAGUCAAGAUUUAUGAUAAAGUAAUAUCGCUGGACUAUAUCGGUGGACUGGAAAAUAAAUCUGGUCCUCAUCGGCGCAAAAAUCGGAAUCGUAAAUCCCAUGAUCCAUCGAUUCAAUCCAAACAUCAUAGAUCUCGUAAACGAAAAACAACAAAUAUUGGUUUAUCCAACAAUGUUGACAUUUUUGAAUCAAACAGUACUGUUUUUGACUAUUUGAAUUCAUCUCUUAACAAAGGUGGAAAACAGAACACCCAUGUAUCUCAAC